AUGCAGAUACUCGUCUCAGGCUCUCUCGCCAUAGACCGCAUCAUGACCUUCAAUGGCCGCUUCGGCGACCACAUCGUCCCCGAGCGGAUCCACCAGAUCAAUCUCAGCUUUACGGUGGAAGGCUUCAAUGCGUUCUUCGGCGGGACCGCCGGCAACAUUGCCUACUCAUUGGCCAUGCUCGGACAGGAACCCCGUAUCGUCGCCGCCAUCGGUUCCGACUACCGGGACUACUUCACCUGGCUGGCGGACAACGGCAUCGCGACCGGCGAUAUCCGCAUCGUGAACGAAGAGGCGACGGCGUCCGCCUUCAUCGUCACCGACAGCGCGGACAACCAGAUCACCGGGUUCAAUCCCGGAGCCAUGAAGCACGCCACGGGCUUCGACUUCGGCAAGGCGGAUCCGGCCGACACCAUCAACAUAGUCAGCCCAGGCAACCUGACCGACAUGACCGACUUCUCCGCCGAUGCCUACCGUGCGGGCAUUUACACCAUUUUCGAUCCUGGCCAGUCGCUCCCGGCUUGGGAUGCCGACGGACUCGCCGCGUGCAUCGCCAACUCACACCUGCUGAUCGCCAACGAUUACGAAAUGGCCCUCAUUGCGGAGAAAACCGGCCGGGACAACGCCGGGUUGCUGGACCUGACCGGUGUCCUGGUUACCACCCUGGGCGAGCAGGGGGUUCGCGUCAGCAUCCCCGAAGGGCAGGUGAUCGUUCCGCCCGUCCAUACCGAUAACGUGGUUGAUCCAACCGGCGCUGGAGACGCUUUCCGCGGCGGUCUGAUCCUGGGCCUGAUGCACCCCGUGACCGCGGCUCACGCCAAUGAAGGCGGCAGUUUCGCUUCCAUCACGCUCCGCCAGCUCGAGCGCGCCGCCCAAAUCGGUUCCGCCUGCGCUCAUUUCGCCAUCCAGCAGCCGGGCACCCAGGAGUACCGCUACACCAGGGAAGAGCUGGACGCCGUACUGGAGCAGGCUUACGGACGUUAG